UUCUAGUUAAUGAACGCACUAUUAGUACUCGCGGAGGUUUUUCUCUAAGAAGGUUUUUCUUGUGGUGAUUUUCCUUAUUGGAGUAGUGGGUCUAAGGAGAGGCGGUGUCGUGGGUGUAGGCUGUGUAUCCCUGCUUGUAAAGUCCUUUUCCACUACGUUGUAAAUUGGACUUUACAAAUACAUGUUGCCUGGGAGUUCACACCGGCAUAAAAAGAAUGAUCGCAGGAACAUAUCAGCCAUGGAAUUUCUCCCAGUUCUUGACCCGACAGAUAAACCAAGAGAAGGAAUAUGGUAUUCCUUGAUACCGAGGGGAGGCGGUCCAGGUGUUGGUGUAGGCCACACCUGCUCCUACAUACCCUCUGGUGAUAAAAGCAGGGGGGAAAUUGUAAUUGUUGGUGGAGCCAACCCCAGCGGCAGUUUCACGCAAACUUAUGUCAUAAAUCUAGACAAUUAUGAAUGGGACAUUCCAGAGUGGGACGGUUUGGAGGCCAGGUAUGAACACUGCAGCUUUGUGCCAGAGAGCUGCCCACAGAGCCUGUGGGUGUUUGGUGGGGCACAGCAGAGUGGCAAUCUCAACUGUAUCCAGACCCUACCAUUCAAAGAUGGUGGGUCACGCUGGAGGAAUGUGUUGGUCGGUGGGAAACCUCCCUGUCCCAGGACGUACCAUACCAACUCAGCCUGCAUUGGGGACAAUCUUUAUGUCUUUUCUGGUGGGGAAGCAGGGGCUUCCCCCGUCUCAGAUCCUGUACUUCAUGUCUUUGAUACAGUGUCCUGUUCCUGGUCACAGCCUGAAACACAAGGCAAACAACCCCCUGCCAGGCACGGUCACAUUAUAAUAGCACUAGGCUCAGAGAUCUACAUUCAUGGAGGCAUGGCUGGAGACAAAUUCUAUAGUGACAUGUACACACUGGACACGGGUAAAAUGAAGUGGGAGAAAGUACAGACCAAAGGAGACACCCCACCAGGUGUAGCAGCUCAUUCUGCUGUAGCAUUGGGCAAGAACAUCUAUGUCUUUGGAGGAAUGACUUCAGAUGGAGCCAGCAACUCCAUGCACAGAUUUCACACUGAAAAAAGACAAUGGAGCCUCAUGACAUUUCAAGGGGAUAUGCCACCAAAUCGUUUAGACCAUUCAAUGUGUUUACUACCAUGGAAGGUUUUUACUGAAGAUGAGGUUGGUCAGGCCAGGGACUCAGCUGUUGUUGCAGAGACACUUCACUUGGCAUUUAUAUUUGGAGGGAUGGACACUGAUGGAGUCUUGCAUAGUGACUGUGUUGCAACUAUGAUAACAUAGUGUAAUGUACUAAUGUGCCCGAAAUGUAUAUACUGCAACUUGACAAGUUUGUAUUAAUGUUUAACCAAAUAUUAGUGUACACUGAUGGGGUUUUUUUCCAAUGAAGAAGAAAGAAAGCUACUUUAUUUUUGUCAUUGUACCGGUUACAACACUAAUCCUAUUGUAUAGGAGCAGUCGGCAGCUACAGCAACUUCAAUGGCUACAUAACCUUAAUUUCGUUGUCACCUGGGAUUACGCUACCCUAAGGUAACAGUAACUUAAUGUAUUACAUGGCACGGUGGCCCAGUGGUUAGCACUGUUGCCUCACAGCGAGAAGGUCCUUAGUUCAAACCUCAGGCUGUACCAGGUCCUUUCUGCGUGGAGUUUACAUGUUCUCCCCAUGUCUGUGUGGGUGUUCUCCCACUAUCAAAAAGACAUGCAUAUUAGGGUUAAUACUCCUGCCUGUGCCCUUGAACAAAGCAAUGGAAAGAAGAACUGGAGUUGGUUCCCAGGCGCUGCAGCUGCCCACUGAGUAGAGAGAGACAGGAAAGGCAGGUGAUGACAUGCAACAAAGGGCCCAGGCUGGAUUUGAACCCAGGCCGCUACGGUAAGGACACAGCCUUAUGUGGUACGCGCUCUGCCAGGUGAGCCACCAGGGUGCCCCAUUUUGACACUUUUCUGCCAUUACUAUCCAUAGUUGUAGACUGAAAGAGAUGGUUAAUGCCAAAUACUUGUUGCCACACUCCUAGAUCCUAUUAAAUCAUUUUGAAAAAUAUCUGGAUACAAAAUUAAUCAUUCAAAAUCAUCUAUAAUGUUACUUAAUGACUUAGAGAGGAAAAAUAGCCAUGUUAGAGGGGCAGCUCAGGUUGGACGGUUUGGAGACAAAGCAAGAGAGGCGAGAUUGAGAUGGUUUGGAUGUGUGGAGAAGAGAUACUGGGUAUAAUGGGAGAAGGAUGCUGAAUAUUUAGCUGCCAGGGAAGAGGAAAAGAGUAAGGCCAAAGAGGAGGUUUAUGGAUGUGGUGAGGGAGGACAUGCAGGUAGGUGGCUGGUGUGACAGAGGGAGAUGCAGAAGACAGGAAGAGAUGGAGAUGGAUGAUCCACUGUGGCGACCCCUAACGGGAGCAGCCAAAAGUAGUAGUAGUAGCUAUGAUAAAGGUUUGAUUUCAUCUUUGUGUGGCUUGUUUGAAUCUUGGUCUGAUGAAUCAUCAGAAUCAAAACUGAGUUCAUGGAAGGAAGAUAUAGAUGUUGAAAUAUCUUUAGAAGACUGGAGUAAGACAUGUAGGAAGGCUCAGAGACAGACAGUCAACAGUAGCUUGAAACUUAUACAGUAUAAAUGGCUGAUGCGUACAUAUAUAACUCCUGUUAAAUUGCGCAAGUUUAAUGAUAACAUUCCUGAUAUCUGUAUCAAGUGUAAUGAGGCACGAGGGACACUAUACCACCAACCAUCACUUACAAAGCAAAGAGUUUAAAUGCAUAGAAAUGUGUAUAUUGCAAGCUAAACAUAUAAUGGCUCUUAAUUGGAAAAUGUAAAUGGGCCAAGGAUCUGAAUGUGGA